AUGGCGGCGCUCUCGCCCGCCACUCAAGACCGACUCCUCGUUCUAGGACUCGGAGUUACAGCAUGCGCCGUCAUUGGAUUGAUGCGACGCAUGCUCGUAUACUACCGUGAAGCAGCCGCUAUCCCACAAGCUGAAAACAAGCCUCAGUACAUAACUCAAGAUGUCGAAGAUUCUCUGAAACUCAGUACUCUGGACAAGCUCCUUGAUAGUCCCAAUUACAGCAUACAGGAAAUUACAGCUGUGAUUAUCUGCGAACGAGCGCUGCACGAUGGACAAACGAUCGAUACCUUGCUCUAUUACAUUACUCGGCCUGAUCAUGAUACGAGAGAGCAGAGCAUUAAAGCUUUGUCCAUGAUGGUCAACAGUUCAACUGUAGGCAUAAUCAACAAACCCAAAACUUACGCUGCCCUCGUGAAAUCGCUGGAAUACUGCAUCACGGACUACGAACACAACGCCUAUGACCCCGAAUGGGACAACUGGCACCUGCGAGAUGCCUGCGAGCAAGGAUGUCUGUCGAUUCUAGGGCAGAUGAUUGACAAAUUUGGCCCGGAGGGACUGGUCAAAUCUCGGUUUGUGGACCGCUGGCUGGCGAAAGAACCAUGGGGUGGAGCGGACGCUGAUGAACGACAACUCAACUUCAUGGAUUCCCUGACGAAACCCUAUCGACUGAAUCAAAUUUGUCUUCCGCUGUUCAGAGAUCCUGCAGCAAGGAAGCAGUUGGAGGACGCCAAACUUCUGCCUCCCAAUAAGAUUGUCUAUGAUGACUCGGAGACUCUAUUGGAUAUUAGGAUGAUUAAUGGGGAGGGAACGGCUGGGGAGGACUUUGAUGGUAUGUUCGUGGAGAGUCGACGGAGGAGGGAUCAGAGUACUGAAGAAGAGCAUCUACGGAGGCGCCAUAGAGAGGCUAUGGUGUUAAAUGAUGGAACUCGACCUCUUGGGAGAGGUGAUAUAAUCGAACGGGAAUCAUGA